AUGAACACCAACGAUGCCAAGGAGUAUCUGGCCCGGAGGGAAAUCCCUCAGCUUUUCGAGAGCCUCUUGAAUGGACUUAUGUGUUCUAAGCCUGAAGACCCGGUAGAGUACUUGGAAAGUUGUUUACAGAAAGUUAAGGAAUUAGGUGGCUGUGACAAGGUGAAGUGGGAUACGUUUGUCAGCCAGGAAAAGAAGACCUUACCUCCGCUCAAUGGAGGACAGUCACGGAGAUCCUUUCUAAGAAAUGUAAUGCCUGAAAAUUCAAACUUUCCAUAUCGGCGGUAUGAUCGGCUCCCUCCAAUCCAUCAAUUCUCCAUAGAAAGUGAUACGGACCUCUCUGAGACUGCAGAGUUAAUUGAGGAGUAUGAGGUUUUUGAUCCUACUAGACCUCGACCAAAAAUCAUUCUUGUCAUAGGUGGUCCAGGAAGUGGAAAGGGUACUCAAAGUUUGAAAAUUGCAGAACGUUAUGGAUUCCAAUACAUUUCGGUGGGAGAAUUAUUACGAAAGAAGAUCCACAAUACCAGCAGCAAUAGGAAAUGGAGUCUUAUUGCCAAAAUAAUUACAACUGGAGAAUUGGCCCCACAGGAGACGACAAUUACAGAGAUAAAACAGAAAUUGAUGCAAAUACCCGAUGAAGAAGGCAUUGUUAUCGAUGGCUUUCCAAGAGAUGUUGCCCAGGCUCUAUCUUUUGAGGACCAAAUCUGUACUCCCGACUUGGUGGUAUUCUUGGCUUGUGCCAAUCAGAGGCUCAAAGAAAGAUUACUGAAGCGCGCAGAGCAACAGGGACGGCCUGACGACAAUCUGAAAGCUACCCAAAGGAGACUAAUGAACUUCAAGCAGAAUGCUGCUCCAUUGGUCAAAUACUUCCAGGAAAAGGGGCUCAUCAUGACAUUUGACGCUGACCGAGAUGAGGAUGAGGUGUUCUAUGACAUCAGUGAGGCAGUUGACAGCAAGUUAUUUCCAAACAAAGAAGCUGCAGCAGGUUCGAGUGACCUUGAUCCUUCAAUGAUGUUGGACACUGGAGAGACCAUUGAUACAGGCUCUGAUUAUGAAGAUCAGGGUGAUGACCAGUUAAAUGUAUUUGGAGAGGACACUAUGGGAGGUUUCAUGGAAGAUUUGAGAAAACAUAAAAUUAUUUUCAUGAUUGGUGGCCCAGGCUCUGGCAAAGGCACACAGUGUGAAAAGCUGGUGGAAAAAUAUGGGUUUACACAUCUCUCGACUAGUGAGCUCCUGCGUAAUGAGCUGGCAUCAGAAUCUGAAAGAAGCAAAUUGAUCAGAGACAUCAUGGAACGUGGCGACCUGGUGCCCUCAGGCAUCAUUCUGGAGCUCCUGAAGGAGGCCAUGUUGGCCAGCCUCAGCAACACCAAGGGCUUCCUGAUUGACGGCUAUCCCCAGGAAGUGAAGCAAGGGGAAGAGUUCGGACGUAGGGUUGGAGACCCGCACUUGGUGAUCUGUAUGGACUGCUCAGCAGACACCAUGACUAAUCGCCUUCUCCAGCGGAGCCAGAACAGCCCUUGUGCCGAAGACACCGCUGCCAUCGCCAAGCGCCUUGAAGCCUACUACCGAGCGUCCAUCCCUGCGAUUGCCUACUAUGAGGCAAAAACACAGCUACGUAAGGUAAAUGCAGAGGGGACGCCAGAGGAAGUUUUUCUUCAACUCUGCACAGCUAUUGACUCUAUUUUCUGA